AUGUUUCUUUCGCUUGUAAAUACCGUUCUCUCAGCUGAGACGAUUUAUAAAUCCUGCAGUAUUAAUAAAACCGGUGGUGUUGAUAUUGUGGAUGGCAAAAAUGACGCUUUAACAGCUUGGGCUUCUUGGGAAGAUUCCAUUGAAGAAGUUGGCUGGUAUAAGUUCCAUGUUCACACAAAUCCAAAGCAACCAAGUGAAGACCAGUUCAGAUGCGCUGGUGCUCUUGAUGGAUAUCUUGGCCAACAUAGAAUUUACCAAAGAUUACUUCUUUACAAAGAUCAAAUGAAUAUCAAUCGUACAGUCAACUUCGACCAGAAGUGGGAAGACUGGAUGGAAAAGAAUCUCGAAUGGACGCGUAACCAAGUUAAGGCAAACUCAUCAGAUCCAUACUGGAAAUCAGUUGGCCUCAUUCUUAACCAGUUUGAUGGCCUUGUUGAAGGAUACAAACUUGCUGCACCAGUUUACGAACCCCUCAGAAUGAUGGAUCUUUUGUUCAUUCAAUCUGUCGGCGAUGUCUACGACCUUGAAACAUACUGGUCCAAAGGCAAGAUUUACGACGAGUUCCACCAUCUUGAAUGCACAGGCCUCAUCACAAUUACUCCAGAUUUCAAGGAAUUAAUCUUUGGCCAAGCCGCAUGGUCAUCAUUCCUUAAGAUGCACCAAGUCCUCAAGGAGUACGAGAUCAAUGCACCAGAGCAUCCAAACAAACACGUCAUUAUCUCUACAAGAAUGGGCGCAUUAGCCUCAUCAGACGAUUUCUGGCUCAACGACAACGGCCUCAUGAUUUUAGAGACCACAAACAACAAUUUCAACCAGAGCUUAUACGACAGAAUUACUACCGAGUCUCUUCUUACCUGGAUCAGAGUUCUCCAUGCAACAUGGUUCUCUACCAGCGGCAAGCAGUGGACAGAGGAGUUCAUCAACCACAACUCCGGCACAUACAACAACCAGUACGUCGUCGUUGACUCCAAGAAGUUCGUCAAAGGACAGAAGCCAACGACCGACCUCCUCUGGGUCAUCGAGCAGCUUCCAGGCCAGUACAAAUCCGCCGACUUGACAGAUAUCCUCGCAGAGCGCCGCUGGUUCCCGUCAAUCAACGUUCCCUACUUCGAAGAGAUCUUCAACACAGCCGGCUAUCCACAGAAGAUCAAAGACACGGGAGAGAAGGGAGACUACUACUCGUACUACAACAGCUCCAGAUUCCUCAUCUUCAACCGCAAUGCUCCUAAAGUGAACAACACAGACGAUUUCAAGAAACUCAUCAGAUACAACCACUACUUGACAGAUGAGUACGGCCACAAGGACCCAGGACAGCAGCCACUCUCCAGAUACGACCUCAGAGAUGACACAUGCAUCUAUGGAAAGGCCGCAGCAUUUGGUGGCCUCGACACAAAGGUUACAACCUCUGACAUGAUGAUGAAGAACUUGUCUAUUUUCGCAAUCGGCAGCCCAGAGCACGACACAAAUGCUCCAUGGAGUUUCGGAGAGGGCAAGUUCAAGGACAUCAAGUACGACGGACUUCCGAAAGUAUGGAAUUUCUCAUGGAUAAACUACAGCGCUGACUCAUACUCGAGGUGCGAGAAUUUCGUACACGAAAAGGACUGCACAGCUGUAGAGAGAUGCGGAUGGUGCGCCUACGAUUUGAGAUGCUACUACGGAGCAAAGGACGGACCAUACGACGCUGUCUGCGACGACGGAUGGAGAUACAAGGAACCAAUGCCUGAUUACGCAAUCCCUGUAAUCGCUUCUGUAUCUUCUGCAAUGUUCCUUAUUGUAGUAGGAAUUUACAUUGCUGCUUUCAUCUAUUCUAGAAACAAUAAAUAA